AUGGGCCCGAAAAGAGGUAAAAAGGGCACUCCGUGGCCAGAACCACGGUUUGCAGAUGACCCUGAUAUACGCGCAUAUGUAGCUGCAGCCAUCAAAGAUCUCGAGGCACUGAAGAAGCACCAAGAAGCACUGGAGAUUGGCAUGCCCCGUGAGCUCUCUACUUCCGUGGUUGACGCGGUGAAGAAUACGCCUACGAAUGAGCAACUAGCGCAGCGGCUCGCGAAGGUCGAAUUACACGUGGAAAAGACGCAGAAAGAGGUAUCUCAGGCCUCUCGAGAGAUUACUACGACCAAAAGCAACACGAACCGCCUGGUGGAGGCAAUAUGCCACCCAACAUCCCCAGGGACACGUACCGCGAAAAAUUCUCCAAGCUUCAGUCACGUGACAACUAGCUCAGAGUCGUACGUACAGGCCUGGGGACGUAAGGUGCCCUCGAACCCUCCCACGGUCCCUAGCGUGGGAUUGAGUAGUGGAGGAAGCUUGCCAUCAACCCCAUAUCCAAGCCAGGAGGACCUAGAGGUCUAUCUGGAACAUACCGAUCCAAAUAUCCUCAACCCGAUACGUCGAUUCCCGGAUAAGGUGGUGGAGAAGGCAAAUCUCGCAAUACGCAGCACUCAAGACACCACCAUCGCACAUCGACGAAUUGCGGCAGCCCGUAUACUACCUAGUGGCGAUAUUAUACUCUUACUAGGCACAGUGGACGACGUCGACCAGCUUACCCGCAAGAAGGACUGGAUUAGGGCAUUCGGAAACGAAGCACGUAUACGAAAACGUACAUGGGGCGUCGUCGUACACGGCGUCAACACGAAUAUCAACCCCAAACAGCCUCAAUUCAUAACCACGCUUACCUCAGAGAACGCCCCGGUGUUCGCGCAGCUUCCAGCCUCUAUGAAUGUCACACACACGGGCUGGCUCCUAAGCGAGUAUAAGAUCAAGGAACAGAAGCUCACAAAUGCCCACCUUGUAGUCAUAUUUGAUGAUGAAAGGAUUGCUAAUUUUGCAAUCCAACGCGGCCUUAUUAUUAAGGGAAGACAGCACAAUGUCUCAAUAUACGACAAAGCAGCCAAUCUCCAGCAGUGCUUCAAGUGUCAGAUGUAUAAACAUAUCGCCAGGCACUGUCAGCGCCAGAUCUGCUGCGCGUACUGCGCUGGAUCUCAUGAUACAGGGGAUUGCCCUACACCGAAAGAGAAAGAAUACGCUAAAUGUGCUAAUUGCACCGCAGAAAAUGUCCAUAUCAAAGAUCCUGCCAAGAGACUCAAUACGAAACACUUUGCGUACGCGAGGGAGUGCCCGAUACGAGCUACAUGCCUCGCAGAGGCACAUCAACGACGUACAUACGGCCCACAAUAUCACACUCCUGUGAUACGACCUGGCAAUAGUCAGCCCGGAGCCAUCUCACCAAAUGACCCUACACCAGCUGAAGCAGCCAAUACAGAGCGAAGUCCUCGCGCACCGGCUCGUACAGCCACCACACGUCGAUCUGCCAACUCAAGAAGUAAGAGCGCAGCAGCCGCCCGAAAACGAGUGGCAGAACGAUCUGAGCCCGAGCCGAUAAGCCCUACAUCAGGUGACCCUACCAAUAGAUCCUCGAAAAAGCCUAUGAGAGCGCAGUGGGAUAAAGAUCUAGUUAUAGAUGCAGAUCCUAAUCCUGAACCUAAGACAGGACCUGAGACCCAGAUCAAAUAUACAUAUAACACACGUGCACGUCAGGAUACAAAGCCUCCACCAGGAACCCCGGUUCUGCAAUCAGAUAUUGCUCCACUAGAAAUUUCACAUGUGCAAGCUGUUAGGACUGUCCGCCGAAGUAAGAGUGUGCGUACGAUCCCAGACGAUGACUCAUCUGAGGAUGAACUUACCCAGCCAUCAAUCCACGAAGCCCCUCAGGAUCCAAUCGAGCCAGCUCAGGAGGCUGAUACGCUAAUGACCACGAACCUUGAAGACAGCACCUGGGCUAACAAUCAGUAA